GCAGCACUGUUGCGAAUGAAAGCAGACAGCUCGUCAGUGCUCAACUCGCGCAGCAGACCUCGACAACACCACAGUGGCGGGAUGGUGACUCCUGACUGGCCUGCCUUCUCCAGUCAUCCCCUGUCAGCCCUGGGUCUGCUCAGCUCUCAGGAGGACUACAGGAGUGAAGAAAGCGAAGAGUUCGGGCCUGUUUUCAUCCAUGAGCCAGACGAUGUUAUUUUUCCUUUGGACUCUGAUGAAAAGAAAGUGGUGAUGCACUGUGAGGCACGGGGGAAUCCACAACCCACAUACAGCUGGUACAUCAAUGGGACGGAAGUGGACGCAGAGGCAGACUACCGCUACAGAUUCAUUGAUGGAAACUUAAUUAUUACCAAUGCAAGUGAGAGCACCGACUAUGGGAGGUACCAGUGCAAAGCAGAGAACAGCUUCGGGAUCGUCCUUGGUCGGGAGGCUCUUUUGCAGUUUGCAUAUCUCGGUGCUUUCAGUGGGAAGACCAGAGGCGGGGUUUCCGUGCGUGAAGGCCAAGGUGUGGUGCUCAUGUGUACUCCUCCGCCUCAUUCACCAGAGAUCAUCUACAGCUGGGUGUUCAACGAGUUCCCCUCGUUCGUGGCCGAGGACAGUCGGCGCUUCAUCUCCCAGGACACAGGAAACCUGUACAUCUCCAAGGUGCAACCCUCUGACGUAGGAAGCUACAUCUGUCUGGUGAAGAACACGGUGACGAACGCACGGGUCCUGAGCCCUCCAACGCCACUGACACUGAAAACCGACGGUGUCAUGGGUGAAUAUGAGCCCAAAAUUGAAGUGCACUUCCCUACAUCUGUUCUGGCUGCCAGAGGAGUCACUGUCAGGCUGGAGUGCUUCGCUCUGGGGAAUCCGGUGCCAACAAUCACAUGGAGGAAGAUCAAUGGCAACAUCCCCAAAAAAGCAAGACUUAGGAAGUCCCAGGCUGUGCUGGAAAUUCCCAACAUUCAACUGGAGGACUCGGGAACCUACGAAUGCAAAGCUGAGAAUCCAAGAGGAGGCACUGCUUUCAAAGGACAUCUGCAGGUCUACACACUCCCUCAGUGGGUCAGAAUGAUUAAUGAUACCCAGAUGGAUAGUGGAGAGAAGCUCCAAUGGGAGUGCAAGGCCAUCGGGAGGCCCCGGCCCACCUAUCACUGGCUUCUUAAUGGUUUGCCCUUGACAUCCCAGGGUCGAGUUGAAAUAGUGAACGGAGAGCUGACUAUUCACAGAGUGCAGCAGGCUGACUCAGGAAUGUACCAGUGUGUUGCAGGAAAUAAAUACGGGGCCAUCUACUCUAACGCCGAACUCAAGAUUUUAGCGUCGGCUCCUGUCUUUGUCCACAAUCCCGUACGGGUCAUUGCCACACUUGGAAAAGACGUAUCGCUGGACUGCAAGCCCAGAGCAUCGCCCAAACCACGGAUUACAUGGAAGAGAGGAGACCGGAGGAUCCAGCAAAGCAGAAGGAUUAUGUUGUUACGGAACAAUACACUGAGAAUUGUCAACUCCAGCCGAGCAGAUGAGGGGAACUAUGUGUGCCGGGCGGAGAAUCAGCUGGGCUCGGCUGAGAUGACUGCUGUACUGUGGGUAAAAGAGGCCAUGCGUGUGGAGCUCAGCCCGAGCAGAGUGGAAGUGACCGUGGGGGAGAGCGUGGUGCUGAGCUGCAAGGCCACUCAUGACACGUCGCUGGAUGUGGCCUUCCAGUGGCUCUUCAACCAGAGGCCGAUCAACUUCCAACAGGACGGGGGCCACUUUGAAUACAUCCAAACACAGUCUUCGACGGUGGAUCUGAUGAUUAGGAGCAUUUUGUUAAAGCAUGCCGGGAAGUAUGGGUGCCGGGCCCAGACCAGUGCUGACACAGUGUUUGCGGAGGCCGAACUCCUUGUUCGAGGUCCUCCUGGACCCCCUGGAGUGGUGAUAGUGGAGGAGAUCACGGAUACCACGGCAACCCUGUCCUGGACUCGUGGCCUGGACAACCACAGCCCUAUCAGCACCUAUAAUUUACAGGCCCGCAGCCCAUUUUCAUUAGGCUGGCAAACUGUCAAAACAGACCCAGAACCAGUGACAGGGGAUAUGGAGUCAGCCAUGGCUGUGGAGCUCAACCCCUGGGUGGAAUAUGAGUUCAGGGUGGUGGCCAGCAAUGCGAUCGGGACCGGAGACCCGAGUGCACCGUCGAGAGGCGUUAGGACGAAAGAAGCAGUCCCGUCAGUGGCACCAUCGAACGUCAGCGGAGGGAACGGCCGCAGGCACGAACUGGUCAUCUCGUGGGAGCCUGUAUCCGAGGAGUUCCAAAAUGGCGAGGGCUUUGGGUAUAUCGUUGCGUUUCGCGCCAACGGAACCAGAGGCUGGAAGGAGAAGAUGGUGACGUCAGCGGACUCCACGACGUAUAAAUACAGAGACGAGACCUUCCCUCCCCUCACCCCAUUUGAAGUGAAGGUCGGCGUGUACAACAACAAGGGGGACGGGCCGUUCAGCAAAGUCGUCAUCAUCCACUCCGCUGAGGGCGAGCCGAGGGAAGCGCCGUCCGAUGUGAAAGCUUACAGCAUUUCUUCAUCGGAAAUAAGGCUCACUUGGAAACCGCCCAAUCCUGGCCCCGGGAGACCAAGAGGAUAUGAGGUCAGCUAUUGGAAAGACUUGGAGCAGGAGGAGUCGGGGAUAAAACAAAGAACUGUGAAAAACGAAACUUCCAUGGUCCUGACAGGACUAGAGGGCAACAGUCUGUAUCUCAUCACUGUAAGAGGCUUCAACAGCAUCGGCCAGGGUCCCGCCACUGCAGCUGUCACAGCCAACACCAGGAAAGCCCCUCCUGCUCAGCCUCCAACCAACCUCAUGUGGAUUCAAGAGGGCAACAAUGUGUCUUUAAACUGGGAGCCAGUGAAGGCAAAGGACAACGAAUCAAAUGUCAUCGGGUACAUGGUGUUACUCAAACAAGAAGGCAGAGGCCACAACCAGGUGACCAGAACCAUUAACCCUUCCACCAUGCUCUCACUGCCAGAGGGAGGCACCUAUAUCAUUGAGGUGCGCGCCCUCAGCGAAGGGGGAGAGGGAGCGGUCAGCUCCCAAGUCCGAGUGGUCACCUCCUCCGGUGUACGAGCAAAAAGCAACCAGCGCUCGGUGCACUGCACGCCGCAGGGCCUAACGUGGACAGCAAUGCUCCUGGUUCUUCUGGUGCCUUCAGCUUCGUGGUGA